ACACCUGCGAUGCUCGCCAUACCAAACAAAUGGCGGUUGUUCGCAAUCCUUCUGGCGUCCAAUGUGACCGUCUUGUUAGGCUUGGACAGCAAGGCGUUUACACUCACAAUUCUGCACACCAACGACGUCCACUCGCACAUUGAAGAGACCACCAAGUAUGGGGGAGUAUGCUCGGAAAAGGACAAGAACGACUCAAAAUGCGUCGGAGGAGUUGCAAGGAUCGUGACCAAGGUCAAAGAACUGAAGGCACAGCAUUCAGGUGCUUUAUUCAUGAACGGAGGAGAUUUUUACCAGGGGACGCCCUACUACACAAUUCUGAAACACAGAAUGGUUUCAACGAUAAUGACCGCAAUGAAGUAUGAUCAGGUGUGUCUAGGAAAUCACGAGUUCGACGAUGGACCCGAAGGACUGGCCCCCUUUCUAGACAGAAUGAACGCUGCGAAUAUAAGUGUUGUCGGCACCAAUACUGAUUUCAACAAAGAACCGGCUCUUAAGGAUAAGCCGAUCAAGAAAAGUGUUACAGUAACUGUGAACGGAAGAACAAUUGGAAUCGUUGGGGCUGUACUUCCCCAAACAAAAGAACUUUCAAAUCCAGGUAAUGUCGAAUUUUACGACGAAAUUACGAGCUUUCAAGCAGAAAUAAAAAAUCUCAAGAAUCAAGGCGUGGACAUCAUCGUGGGAAUUACUCACUGUGGAUAUCUACGAGACCUGAAAAUAAUGAAAGAAGUAGAUGGUCUCGACGUUAUUGUUGGCGGACACACGAAUACUUUUCUUUAUCACGGCACUGGUUAUCCCAAAGAAAAUACUCCUGAGGGUGACUAUCCAACAAUUGUGAAUAAAAACGACGGUUCUACAGGGCUCGUAGUUCAAGGCUACUGCUAUGGAAAAUACCUCGGAUUUUUACAGGUAAAGUUUGACGAGACUGGAAAGGUUAUUAAUGGUACCGGAAACCCUAUUCUUCUAAAUUCAUCAGUACCGGAAGAUCCCGAUAUGAUUAAAGUAAUUGCACCGUUCAAGGAAAACGUCACUAAAGUAAUGCAGCAACCAGUUGGUUACACCAAGGUGUUGCUCGAGCAACAGGAUAAUAUAUGCCGAAUCCGGGAGUGCAACCUCGGAAAUAUGAUGGCAGAUGCGUACUUCGCCUACUACGCGGAUAUGAACACGUCUUCACCCGAAUACUGGUCCGAAGUAAACGCGGCAGUAAUAAACGGGGGAACCAUUAGAGCUCCACUUGAGCAAGGAGAGAUAACAAUGGGCGCAAUACUCACGACUGCACCAUUUGGUCAAACUAUUAUCAAUGUCACGCUGAAUGGAACCACAUUACGAAAUAUGUUCGAACAUUCGGUUGCAAACUUCAGCUAUCUAAACAAGAAGGGAGAAUUUCUUCAAGUUUCUGGCAUCCGCGUUGAGUACAACUUGUCGCUGCCAUCAUCAUGCCGGGUCAUAUCCCUAAAAAUACUCUGUCGAAAAUGCAAGGUGCCUCUCUACGAAAACGUAGUUGACGAAGAAAUUUACACAAUCGUUACGACAGACUUUGUAGCCAGAGGUGGAGAUGGAUUUGCCAAAGCAAAAAACUACGGAGAAUCAGGUCCAGUUGAUUUUGAUAUCCUUGUAGAGUAUAUUCGUAAAAUGUCACCAAUCAAGACACCUGUCGAGGGACGAAUAAUCAUCCACGGGAACGUCACUGAAUCAGUCAUACAGUAA